ACACAAAUGCUUCAACACUUCUUUCCCCUAUUUCUUUUGUGUGGGCUCCUGUCACAGGACAAUAAAACUCCUGGACACUGCACAUUUGUUGCUUGGCAACAAAGUUAAACAAGACACAAAGUUUCUUUUGGACUCAAGUCUGAAGAUCCUCCCCUGAUUCUCAAGCAAUUCAGUUCUUUGUAUGGACCUCAUUUAAAAAUUUUCCAUGGCUAAGGGGAAGAAAGCAGGCGCAGCCCAAGGUACAAAGAUCACGUUGAAAAUGGCUAAAAAUGCUCUGCGAGUAACUCCAGAGGGAAAACUACGGCUUGAUCUCAGUAACGCGGGCAUCACCACAUUUCCCAAAUGCCUCCUAAAAUUAAGCAACAUAGAGGAACUUGAUCUGAGCCGGAACAAGUUAAAAACAAUCCCAGAUUUCAUCAGACAGUUCACCGGUCUCCGUUGGCUAGAUCUUCACAGCAACCAGAUCGAGGAGCUGCCUGAAAGCAUUGGACGCUUGGGAUCUCUGUGCCACCUCAACCUCUGUAACAACAAAAUAGACUCUGCUGGUUUAUCACCUGAAAUAGGAAGUCUGAGAAACCUCCAGGUCCUUAACUUGGGUAUGAACCAUCUGACCAGUCUCCCUCCCACCUUGGUUGCUCUGACAAACCUGACAGAGCUGGGCCUUUUUGAUAACAUGCUCACAGAGGUACCCGAGUGCAUCCAUAUGCUGCCCAACUUGAGGAAGCUAAAAACCAAAUGCAACCCUGUGGCCUACACACAGGGUAACAUCAAAGACUUAGACACUGUAAAGACCAUGGGAAAUCUGUAUUUGGUAAGAGAGGGAUAUUUGUGCCAACCUUGUCUAGAGAGAUGUAAGGAGGAGUGUCAAAGUUUUAAAAGGAAAAGGCUUUUUGAUAGGUCACAAAUUAAGAGUUAUUUUUCAGGGCUAAUGUCACCAAAUUCAGUAGCACAAGGGAAUCAAGAAAAUUGGCGACUGCAGACUAAUAUCUCACCUCAAAUCUCCCAUAAGGAACACGGCAGACCUGCUGGAGAUAUCAAUAAAGGGGCUUUUAUCAACCCUUAUAAGUAAUGCUAACAAUAUUUUAACAUUUGAAUCUUCUGUAUUUUCAUUAAACAAAACUUUGUCAACAG